AUGGAUUCCGGCCUGCGUUCUUCGCGCCCGCUAGCCUCGACGAUCGACAUCAUUGAUGAAGCACAGGGUUUAUCACAGCUUAGCCACUUCCACCCCGAAUCGCAGGCCUUCGCGUCCUUCCGUUCCACUGACAGUGUCGACCCGCAUCAGCCUCUACAGAAUGCGACUGCACAGAACGCGAUAGCUUUGGAAAGCAACGCGCAAGGCACUACAGAAGAUGGAAUAUCUUUACUUCAGUCGGAUUCGUCCUUUCGGCAACCGAACCAUGGAGGGCUGGCGCCCGACACAGCGGCCUCUACAAGUUUUGCCGGACAAUUACAGGGCAAGCUAAUCCCGGAUCCACCUGAUCUAGAGUAUUGGAGAGAUCGAUUGUUCCACGUGGAUGAAACCAUAACCCUGAGCGAGGAACAACUCCGUUGCAGAUUCCAGACCUACUUCCCACACGUUGAUAAUGUCUACUCUCAUCGCUCCACUCAGCGCUACAAGCGCAGACCAUUCGUAUCCCACUACUGGGACUGUCGUCUGAAAGGCCGGCCUCCAGGGACACCCAAGUCCGACGACCCGACUAAGAAAAAGCGCAAGCGUACGGCCAGAGAGCGAGAUCUCUGCGACGUCAAGAUCAAGAUUACGGAGUACUUCCCCGGCGGCGGAGCUAUAGAUACAACUGGUGGAUUUGAAUCGCUUCCCGCUGAACUUUUGCCUGGAGUUCACACCUUGUUUCCCGUCCAGGGGAAUCAGCCCUUUGGCGUGCUUGCGCCAGGUUCCAAUUUACCUUUAGAUCAUCCUGGGGUGAACGGAGCGCGAUAUUUCACCAUACAACGCGUGAAUGGGAAUGGUGCCAAUGGAAAGAGUGAAGGCGUGGGAGGUGGCCAUCAACAUACGCUCGAGGAUAGUGAUCGAGUUAAGAAGAAUAGUGUCCAUAGACACUUCAUGAAACAUGACAAGGAAAGGAAGAAGUCCACGUAUCGAGCCAUGGACGACACUCAGAUGCAGAAGUCAUACCACACCAAAGCGACUGGCUUGGCCGCCGCUACCGCGAUUAGCCAUUCAGUCGAGUCAAAUCUCAAGCUGUUUGGCAGCUGCUUUUGCCCUUUUGUGCAGCGUGUCUGGAUCGCACUUGAGCUGAAAGGCAUUCCUUAUCAGUACAUUGAAGUAGAUCCAUAUAAAAAGCCUCAGUCCCUGCUGGAGGUGAACCCGCGAGGUCUUGUGCCAGCGUUGAGACACGACGAUUGGGGAUGCUAUGAAAGCAUUGUGCUUAUGGAAUAUCUCGAGGACUUGAAUCUCGGCACGGCACUCAUGCCAGCCGAUCCAAAGUUGCGUGCUCACUGCCGGCUUUGGGCAGACCAUAUCAACCGGAAUAUUGUGCCAACCUUCUACCGAGUCCUGCAGGAACAAGACCAGCAGAAACAGAUUGCUAAAGCACAGGAGCUUCGAAACGCGUUCAACCAGUUGAUGGCCGCUGCGCACGCCCGUGGGCCAUUCUUCAUGGGGCCACAUAUUUCCUUCGUGGAUGUCCAGGCCGCUCCAUGGGUCCUUCGGCUCAGUCGGGUCUUGAAACCCUAUCGAGGUUGGCCAGAUGCCGAGGAAGGAACAAGAUGGGGGACAUGGGUGAACGCCCUCGAGACCAAUGAACAUGUUCGAGCAACAACCAGUACAGAUGAGCUCUAUCUUGACAGCUAUGAGCGUUACGCCGAGAACCGCCCGAACACGUCUCAAGUUGCAAAUGCAAUCAAUUCGGGACACGGGCUUCCUUGA